AUGGGCAAUCUAGGUGACUUGUCGCCGGAGGGAAGCGUUGCCGUCGGUGUCAUCGUUGGGCUGAUCUCAACUAGCCUCCAGGCCAUCGGACUCACCCUGCAGCGGAAGUCGCAUUUACUCGAGGACGAGAAGCACCCAUACGAUGUGCGCAGACCCCCCUACAAACGCCGACGAUGGCAGGUAGGAAUGGGAAUGUUUGUGGUCUCCAAUAUCGUGGGAAGCACCAUUCAAAUUACCACGCUGCCACUUCCGGUGCUCUCCACGCUUCAAGCGUCCGGACUAGUCUUCAAUACGAUAUUCGCGACGCUGAUCCUCGGUGAACCUUUCACCCGAUAUUCCCUCGCCGGUACAGUGCUCGUUUGCAUAGGCGCAUUGUUGAUUGCGACAUUUGGCGCCAUCGGGGAACCGGCACAUACCUUAGACCAACUUCUGGAUCUUCUACAACGACGCCCGUUCCUAUUAUGGAUGGGUGGAACUACUCUUUUGGUGGCGGCUGUAUUGAUAGCCUCAAAACUGCUGAAACUCUUCCUUCCUUCGUCACGCGCGAAGCCCUCGGCCUCUGGGCAUUUUACGCCACACCUGCUGCGACUGCAAAGCCGAAUGAAGUUGAUCCGUGGCAUGUCCUAUGGUUUUAUCAGUGGUAUUCUAUCUGCCCAUUCGCUUCUUUUGGCCAAGUCGGCAGUGGAGCUGCUGGUGCGCACGGUAGUUGACCGUGUAAACCAGUUCAACCGUUGGCAGUCAUGGGUGAUCCUACUGGGGAUGAUAUUCCUAGCACUAACACAGUUGUUCUAUCUUCAUCGCGGACUAAAGUUGUGCAGCACCAGUGUUCUAUACCCGUUCGUGUUUUGCAUCUACAACAUCAUCGCCAUCAUGGAUGGGCUGAUCUACUUCCGGCAAGUGUCUCAGCUGGCGGGCUUUCACGCCGGUCUCAUUGCUCUGGGAACAAUUGUUCUCCUGGCUGGUGUUUUGUGUCUUUCUUGGCGAUUGGAAGAUAUCGAUAGUCACGCUGCCGUUAGCGCCUUGGGACCCACGCAGACUGCACUUGGGCCCGGUAUGGCAGUUGUGGAAGAGCACCCUCCGACAUCACCUCGAUUGCUGGACGGCGAGGAUGAAGAAGCACAUGUCGGAGAACGCGAACCCCUUCUCAACACGAAUACGAACACCCGCCAUCUUUCAUAUCAACGAGGACGAGCCCCGAGUUUACCGCUCAAUCUCCAUCUUGAUCAUCCUGACUCUGUCGACUUGAAUCCGGCCUCUAUUUGGGCGGAACUAGACGAUUCCGACUAUGACUCCGCCGAUGGACAACGUCGUUCUUCCGCAGACCACCCACGCAACACCAGUGGCAGUGUAACCUUCCAUGGUCCACGACAAGGGCUUGCGCGACACUCAACGAUCGGCGCCACCACGCACGAUCGAGGGUGGGGAUCUCGCCGAGUCUUGGUGUCAGGGCGCGAGAACCAGCGGCGUCGAAUUUCGGCACCAUUCGGUGGGAUUUCCGCCGCCAAACGCCAACGACGCAGCGCAUGGGGCAUGUCCAAUUCCACGUCUGACGCCCUACCUGGCGGGUACGGAACUAUCCAAGAAGAUACCGAUGAUACUCACGGGCAUGAUGACACCCGUUCUCCGGCCGCAAGAUCUGGCUUUCUUGCUGGACCGAGGAGGGCCCUGACAGGAGCCUGGGAAUCCGGGAGACAAUAUUUGUCUCGAUGGAGCAGCUCGCAGGCGGGCAACCAGGCCCACACCGACCCACAAGACAUACUUCCCCAGGCUGCAACUCAUCCUCGAGCACGGUAUACCCAAGAAGUCACCGAAUCCGAAUCCGGCCCUGUUCAGCCAUAG